AAAGUUAGUUAGUCUGCAAUCGCCCGUCGAGUCGGCGGGUCGCGUCUAAAACAUACACUAUCUAAAUAAAAUUUAUAUAGACUCUGCCGAAUUCGAGCUGAUUAAAAUCAAAUCAUAAAACGGAACCCCACAUUCGCCUUUUAUUGUUUCCCCAAUUCACGUCGUCGUCGUUGUCGUCUAUCGCACAAUUUCGUUUUUCGGUUGAUAAUCGUGGGGUCUGUGUAUAAAAACUCUUCCACAAACUAUAAAAACACUCGUACCCCAAAAGCCAAGAACAAGCAAAACACAGCUCCCGUACACAUUUGCCGUAAUUUUCGAUCGCUGUUCUGAGCGAUAAGGUGAUGGCCAAAAAUAAUGAGUACAUAGAAUUACCCUGGACCAUGAACUCCUCGAGUGGUGACGAUGAGGCGCCCAAGGACCCGCGCACUGGCGGCGAGGAUUUUACCCAACAAUUUACAGAAAACGAUUUCGAAGGACAUCGUGCACACACCGUCUAUGUGGGUGUCCAUGUGCCAGGAGGACGACGCCAUUCGCAGCGCCGGCGCAAGCACCAUCAUGGGGGUGCAGGGGCUGGCGGAAACGGUUCCAUCGGCGGAUCCGGAAGUGUGGGCGGCGGUGCUGGCAAGGACAACAUGAGCGACAAGCAACAGGAAGCGGAGCGACCAGCGACUCCUCCCGCCCAACGGGUCCAGUUCAUACUUGGCGAAGAUGUGGGCGACGACGGCACCCACGUAUCACACCCCCUCUUCUCGGAAAUGGGAAUGCUGGUGAAGGAGGGCGAUGAGAUCGAGUGGAAGGAGACGGCGCGCUGGAUCAAAUUCGAGGAGGAUGUAGAGGAGGGUGGAAACAGGUGGUCGAAGCCUCAUGUGGCGACCUUGUCGCUGCACUCUCUCUUCGAGCUCCGCCGCCUGCUGGUCAACGGAAGUGUUAUGCUGGACAUGGAGGCCCAUAAUCUGGAGGUGAUGGCCGAUCUGGUAUGCGACCAAAUGGUCAGUGCCGGCACUCUACCCCCUGGGGUCAAGGACAAGGUCAAGGAUGCACUCCUGCGACGACAUCGCCACCAGCACGAGUAUGCCAAGAAGACACGACUGCCGAUCAUUCGGUCCUUGGCCGAUAUGCGCAACCAGUCGUCAUCGAAAAUUGAAGAGCAGUCCUCCGGCCACACCUUGGGGGCCACAACGCCCAUUUCCCAAACGGCCAGCGAACCGGGACCACCCGGAUCCAAUGGAAAUUCAAACUUGAGCACCACUGGUGGUGGUGGCGGCAUGGGGCGUUUUCUAACGGUGCCCAGUGGAAAGCCCAGCAACAGAACGCUCGAGAAAAAAUCUAAAUCCUCCAAAAACCUGCGGCCCGCACAAAACCUGCCCGUGAUCACAGAGGACAUGGUGAAGAGCCCCAGCAGCCAGUCGAUGGCCAGGCCCAGCAGCGGCACGGAGCUGAGCGAACAGCAAGGACACAAGGGCAACACUCACUUCAUGCGCAAGAUCCCCCCCGGCGCAGAGGCCAGCAACAUCCUCGUCGGCGAGGUGGACUUCCUCGAAAGGACCCUAUCCUGCUUCAUUCGUCUCAGCCAGGCGGCGGUGAUGGGCGAUCUCACAGAGGUGCCAGUGCCAACCAGAUUCAUUUUCAUCCUGCUUGGACCACCUGGCAGCCAGAGCAACUUCCAUGAGAUUGGCCGUGCAAUGGCCACCCUGAUGUCGGACGAGAUUUUCCACGAAGUGGCUUACAGGGCCCGAAAACGCGACCACCUGCUGUCUGGUGUGGAUGAGUUCCUGGAUGCGGUGACCGUGCUGCCACCUGGAGAAUGGGACCCCACCAUUCGCAUUGAACCGCCAGCGGCCAUUCCAUCGCAGGAGGUGCGAAAACGACCACCAGAGCUGCCCAAGGAGGAGGUGGACGAGGAGGAGGAGGAACAGCGACUGCGCGAGGAGUCAGGGCUCUCCAGGACAGGUCGUCUGUUUGGUGGCCUCAUCAACGAUGUGAAACGCAAGGCACCCUGGUAUCUGAGCGACUAUAAGGAUGCUUUAUCCAUGCAGUGCGUGGCCUCCUGGAUUUUCCUCUACUUCGCCUGCCUCUCACCAAUUAUUACCUUUGGCGGAUUACUGGCGGAGGCUACCGGCAAGCACAUGGCUGCUAUGGAGUCCUUGGUCUCCGGAUUCGUUUGUGGCAUGGGCUAUGGCUUCUUUUCGGGUCAGCCGUUGACAAUUCUCGGCUCCACCGGUCCAGUUCUGGUCUUCGAAUCCAUCAUAUACGAGUUCUGUUUCAAAAUGGGAUGGGACUAUAUGACAUUCCGGUUCUGGAUCGGCAUGUGGGUUGCCGGCAUUUGUAUCGUCCUGACCGCGAUUGAUGCCAGUGCCCUGGUGUGCUACAUCACUCGAUUUACCGAAGAAAACUUUGCCACUCUGAUUGCAUUCAUCUUUAUAUACAAAGCCAUCGAAAAUGUGGUUGUUAUUGGAAAGAACUUCCCAGUGAACCAGGGAAUAUACGAUUGUGUCUGCACGCCGCCACUAGGAAGUAAUGCCAGUGUCGUGGACUACGCCAAAUACAACUGGGAUUCUUGUGCGUCGUACAAUGGCACUUUAGUUGGCGGCGAUUGUGGCACUCCACCCACCGAAAAUGUUUUCCUCAUGUCAGUGGUUCUGUGCGCCGGCACCUUCAUCAUCUCGACCAUAUUGAAGGACUUCAAGAACGCCCUUUUCUUCCCCUCCAUUGUCCGCCAGUACAUCAGUGACUUUUCCGUUUUGAUUGCCAUUUUUGCCAUGAGCUUCUUUGACCAUUUCCUGGGAGUUCCCACCCAGAAACUGGAGGUGCCCAACGAGCUGAAACCGACUUUGGACACCCGUGGCUGGUUGAUUCCUCCCUUCUCGGAGAAGAACCCCUGGUGGUCACCAAUGAUUGCCGUCUUCCCCGCUCUGCUUGGCACUAUUCUGAUCUUCAUGGAUCAACAGAUUACGGCCGUCAUUGUCAACCGGAAGGAAAAUAAGUUGAAGAAGGGCUGCGGCUAUCAUCUGGACCUGUUUAUCCUCUCCAUUCUGAUUGCCAUCUGCAGUGUGAUGGGUCUUCCAUGGUUCGUGGCUGCCACUGUGUUGAGCAUCAAUCAUGUAAACUCAUUGAAACUGGAAUCGGAGUGCUCGGCCCCUGGCGAGAAACCACAAUUCCUGGGCGUGCGCGAGCAGCGGGUUACCCACAUCCUGAUCUUCCUGACUAUCGGUGUCUCAGUGCUCCUUACCCCGCUGCUCGGCCACAUUCCUAUGCCGGUUCUGUUCGGUGUAUUCUUGUACAUGGGAGUGGCCUCGCUCAAGGGUCUGCAGUUCUUCGAUCGUAUACUGAUCAUGUUUAUGCCGGCGAAGUACCAGCCAGACUACAUGUUCCUGCGUCAGGUUCCCAUCAAACGCGUUCACCUGUUCACGAUUAUCCAAUUGGCUUGUCUUAUUAUCCUCUGGCUGAUUAAAUCCUUCUCACAGACCUCGAUCCUGUUCCCACUGAUGUUGGUGGUGAUGAUUGGAAUAAGGAAAGCCCUGGAUCUGGUGUUCACGCGCCGUGAACUGAAGAUUCUGGACGACAUAAUGCCGGAAAUGACAAAGAGGGCGGCGGCUGACGAUCUCCACAAACUGGACGCUGAGGACAAUCAUCAUCAGCAACCGCCUGGGGCGCCUGGUGCCGGGACGAAUUAUAAUGCCAAUAAAUCGGGCCCCACCACCAUCCAUAUUCCCCUAUCCGGAAACAAGCCGAGCAACAAUGGACCCACCAUUAACAUUCCCCAGGAGGCGGUCAAUCGGACCACAGUCUGGCAGCAGAUCAACAAGGAUGGCAACGGAAUAUCGGAGCAGCUGAUCAUUCCGGUCACGGUGAAAGUCCGUCAGAUCAAUGGCAACCAUACUCCCUCGAGUGCCGCCCUAUCGCCACGCCUCUCACCCAUGCAUGAGGCGGACGAGUACAGUGAAGCCAUGGCCAACAGCAACAAUAAUCCAGGGAAUCCCACAGCAGGACAACAGCAACACCAAAUGAGCAACUGCAAGGAGGCGGCUGCCAAGCUCGAAGGAUCAAAUAUCACCCAGAAUCCUGCCAACAUAACGCCAGUUUAAAGAUCUCUAGAGAUCCCUGAUUUUUCAAACGAACAAAGAACACACACAUCUAUGUAUCUGUAGUUGGCCAUUCACAACAGUAUCAUAAUCUAUAUUUACUAUAUACCGUAGUAGUUAUUCCAUGAAAGGGUUUUUGGUAAACGUUUUUGUAGCAGUGCCAGUAGAGGGUUACAUUUUGAUUUGGGGCUCAGGUACAAGUUAUACAAGUAUUACAGAUAAAUACUAUAAAUAAUAGUAAACCAACAAAACACUUCAAACAUAUACAAUUUUGAACCGAAUUUUAUAGAGUCAAUUCCAAAGAAAUAUAUUACAAAUAGAUGUCAUCGGAGGGCCGAUGUUUUUCCGAUUUCCAUCAAUUUUUGACUUGGUUAGCUAAAGCGAUUUGUGUGUUAUAUGGGAGUUCUUGAACUGUGAUUUGGGGUCGGGAAGGGGGUUAUCAUUUAGUCUGGCCAAGACAAAACUGUAAACAAUUGUAUUAUACUUUAUGCCUUACACUAAGUUCGAAACAAAAACGCACACAUCCUACCCAAUAAUACUAUAUA